CGCCCCCUGCUGUGUAGACUACUAACACAGGUGAAGGAGACAAGAAGAGGAAGAAGAAGAAGGAGAAGCUUUUUGGAUUAAAAGGGAAGGCAAUGACGCGUCUAAUAUAAAUAAUUGUAGGAUAACCGGGAAUAAAUCAUGGUAAACUUUGGAGUAUGCUGCACCAGCCUCAAGGACAGCAAGGCCUUGAUGAAGAUGGGCCUUGGGCUGGUGCUGGUAGGUCACAUGAACUUCCUGCUGAGUGCGCUGGUGCACGGUGCUGUGCUCAGGCACAUCAGCGUCCACGCCCUGGCUCGAACCAUGGUGUACGCCAUCGCCAAUGUGAUCGCUAUUGUGGCUGGCCUUCUGGGAAUCAUUUGUGGAAUACUUACCAUUGUUUUGUCCAAAAACAAGAAAAGAGUGCCACUGAAAUGGUCCCUGUUGGUCACAAGCUUCAUAUCGGGCCUCUUAGGAACGGCCUCUGCCCUUGGUGUCAUGGCCUCCACGGUGAAGGCCAUAAUGCACAAUGGGCGGGGCCUGUUGACCCACUGCAAGUUCCCUGAUGCUGAUGGCUAUUCCAGCAUCACCUACGAAUGCCCCUUUGACCCCACCCGAAUCUAUGGAACCACGAUAGUCCUCUGGAUUCCCCUCAUCGUGUUGUCCGUGGUGCAGCUGGUGUUUUCCUUCCGCUGCUUUGCGCUCUGCACCUCCUCCCUCUAUCUAUGCCCGUGCCACAAGAGGCCUCGCAACGCCAAAAGGGUUCGCAUUCAGAGACAUCAUCAAACCGCACCGUCAGUGGUUUCGGCCCCGGAACCAGACAGCGAGCUGGAGACUCCGGAGCAACAUGAACUGUUGGACCGUCACACUUCAGAAGGACCGAGUGACUGGCUCUGAACCUGCCAGGUCACCUUCCAGAGAGAACUUAAAACCUGCUGCGUAGAAACACUGUAGCUGAAGAAAACUCCAGCCCAACUCCAGAGGGAGCUGAUAAGUCAACGGUUACGCUAAGGACUAGUCUCGUCUAAUGAUGAACUGGACAGUCGAUACAUACAAGGAUGUAGUGCAACCACAGAAAUAAGUGACUACCCUUCAGGACUUGGUGGGAUCAAAUUGCUUUAUUCACAUGAGAAAAUAUCAAUUUCUCAAAAGUAUAAGUACUUUGUAAACAAUGUUAUAAAUGCUGUUAUUUUGUAAUUGUAGGAACUACUGUUAACUUCAUCAUGUGCACAAUAUGCUUUUGGACUCAAGAUGAUAAUUCAAGUGAACAUUUAUUUACUAUUUUUUUUUAUUAAAACGUGGUCUAUACACCA